GAGCAGGUGCCAUUAGAACCUCUAGACCUCAUCCCGUGCAAGAAGAUGUGUUUUUUAUGUUAAUGUGAGUAGUUUACCUUGGUUAAAGUAGUUAAAUGUUGGUGGUCGGUUGGCUGGUGCGUAAACGCGCUGGCCCCUGUGGUCUCAGCUGAGUGUGGGUGGUUCACGCCCUGUGCGUCACCGCGCUGAAACCUCUUUUACUCCUUCAGUCUCGUCUUGCUUCUGUCACUUCCCCCGAUCGUAGCUGCCAGCAGAACCGCUCCAAUGGGUUUCUUCUCAACACGGAAGAUUUCACAACUUUUAGUCUAAGGUACACAGGAAAAAGUCCGUCCUCGCAGAGCUGCCGGUAAAAUGGCACAGCAGUACUUAAGCUGCCAUUAUAAUGAGUCCAUGGGCUUCUUCUACAACAACAGUGGACAGAAAGAUGAAUGGGACAAAACGCAGCUCAUCCUGGUCCAAGUUGUGGGUUCUCUCUUCUGCUUCUUCAUCCUGGCAGCCAACUCUUUGGUCAUAGCUGCUGUCAUCACCAACAGGAAAUUUCACUUUCCUUUCUACUACCUUCUGUCAAACCUCGCUGCCUCGGACUUCCUCGCAGGCAUAGCUUACGUUUACCUCAUGUUUAACACAGGUAAUGUGUCGAGGACGCUUUCAGUCACACAUUACUUUGUCCGCCAAGGACUGCUGGAUGUCAGCCUCUCAGCCUCGCUCGCUAACCUACUUGUCAUAGCUCUGGAGCGCUACAUUUCUGUUCUUAACUGGAAAGUUCAUAGCAACCUGACAAAAAGGAGGGUAACCCUGCUGAUCUUUGCAGUUUGGACCAUCUCCAUAAUAAUGGGCGCUGUGCCCAGCCUGGGCUGGAACUGUAUCUGCAGCCUCGAUACCUGCUCCCAGCUUGCUCCCCUCUUCAGCAGGAGCUACUUGGUCUUCUGGUCGAUUUCCAACUUGGUUGUUUUCAUCGUUAUGGUGGUCGUCUACACGAGAAUCUUCCUCUACGUAAAGAGGAAGACAGCAACGCUCUCAAAGCACACUAACAGCUCAGUCAACCGCAAGAAGACUCCCAUCAAGCUCAUCAAGACAGUCAUGGUAGUGAUUGGGGCUUUUGUGAUUUGCUGGACUCCCGGGCUGGUGGUCCUACUAAUGGACGGUGUCGACUGUCGCAGCUGUGAGGUCAUGAAAGCGAAACGCGUGCUGCUCCUGCUGGCCGUAGCCAACUCAGUCAUGAACCCUUGUAUCUACUCCUACAAGGAUGAGGAAAUGUGGAAGACUAUCAAAAGCCUCUUGUGCUGCAUCUGCACCAACAGACGUCUCAAGCGCUCAUUGCAAUCCACCACCAGGUCUCUGAACUCUGGUCCUGAUACAGGCAACAGUCAGCCGUCCUCUGAGGAAACGAAAAACGACGAACAAGAACUUUGUAACAAAUGAAAUGGACGCGUUGGGAUGAAUCUGCUGAGCCUGUGCCCUGAUUGGAGUUUGUGUGCAUGAAGAAGAUGCAAACUGGAGUUGACUUGAAAAAGAGGCUUGAUUUCACACCCCCAGCCAUCCUCUGCAGUUUGUGCUUUUACACAGACACUUUUCUUACUAAGAUACUGCGAACCAUUUGGUCCAGUUAGGAGCUGGAGUCAUGUUUCAACCGAGAUAAGAAAAUGUCACGCACCACUAAAUCCCUAAUGGCUGUAAAGAUGUUUUAUCGGUAUUAUGUAUCUUAACUCCAUGUUUGUGUAAUGGAAGAUUCCACUUACUGUAUUCUAAUGGCUGACAAAAGAAGUGUAAACAAACCCUUUUUACUUCUGGUAGAGUUGAAAACAUCUACUUUCUCCCUUGUAUACCUUUUUGAUAUAAUCCUGCUUAUUUGAUGCAUGUGUCGUUUUGAGUACUACAGUGGAAGAAGUAAAAAGGCUGAUUUCCUUUUAUUUUAUACCUUUUUUUCACUUUUUUUAGAAGCUGAACAUGGUUUUUAGAUAAUUGCAAGAAUAAAACACUUUAACUGCUGUACUGUAACACUACUUGAAUACAGAGUGAGAUGUUAUUUGUAAUAGAUCAAUUCGACCUUUCUGCCGUUAUUGCUGCUGGCUGUUUAGAUCAGUUCACUUUGUUAAAUAUGAAACAUUUCUGCCUUCGACACACUUUUCUUGCAGCAACAACUGCUCCGCCUCUCUGGCUGCACCUAGCUCCUCACCUGAACAUGUCAAAGGUGAAGACAGAUGUUGCAUCACACUGGAUUUUUUUUUUUUUUUUUUUUGCUGGAGACUCCGCUCACAUUCUGUGUAAUUUGAGAGGAUGUGGCACCCUCACCAAGCCCUGCUAACAGACUCUGUUACUAAAUCAUUGACACAGUUCAUAUGACUUUUCAUCACAUGUACAGUAUUUAUGCCUGUCCUGCUGUAAAGGACCUGAUGUAAUCGAGAAUAUUUUAUUAUUAUUUUUGAGUGUAGCCUUUUGGCCUAGUGACUGGAAAGAUUUAACCCUCACUAGUCUGUUUAUAGACCUGAACUUUGCCGUACACGUUCACUCCUGUGCACUCUGAACUUUUCAAAUCAUAAACUUUUAUGUAAUAUAGUCAGUUUUUUUUACGUUUUUUGUGUGUAAAUCAAACCUUGACAAAUGUAUAUUUUUCUCUUUGAAUUCAAUAAUGAAAUGAUAUAAAGAAAUUGAAAAA